AUGCGCGUGAGCGGGGUGUUCGUGUUGCUUGCUUGUGUUUUAACGGUGCGAUGUUCUUUACGAAAAGACGCAGAAUACUGGAAGACCCUAGCCCUGGAUGAGCUAAACGAAGCCCUGGGGGUGCACCUCAAUACGGGAGUCGCCAAGAACGUGAUCCUCUUCAUAGGAGACGGCAUGGGACCCAACACGGUCACCGCUACAAGGAUACAUAAGGGAGGGGAGGGUCAUCGGUUGAGUUACGAGAAGUUUCCGCAUGUUGGCUUACUGAAGACUUACUCCGCGAAUAAGAUGGUACCCGACUCCGCCUGUACCUCCACAGCACUGCUCUGCGGAGUCAAGACCAACCAGCACACUGUUGGUGUUGAUGCAACGGUCGAUCACUACGACUGUGACGCCUCACUCGAGGAUAAAGCUAAGCUGGACUCGCUGGCUGCAUUGGCUUUGAGAGCUGGAAAGAGUGCAGGUUUCGUGACCACGAUGCGCGUAACGCACGCGACGCCGGCGCCCAUGUACGCGCACAGUGCGGCGCGGCAGUGGGAGUGCGACGCCGCCAUGCCGCGCGACACCAAGUGCAAGGACCACGCGCGACAGCUGGUGGAGGACUGGCCUGGGAGAGACUUGCAGGUAAUCUUGGGUGGUGGUCGUCAAGGCUUCGUCCCCAACGCCACCGGGACCCCAUCCGACCCUAUCAGCUCAUGGGGCUGCUCCAGACAAGACGGCAGGGACCUCAUACAGAAGUACAAAUAUGAUAAGCAGGCAAGAGGACAGAAAUAUAAGGUGGUCGAGAACUAUGGCGAACUUAGCAGUGUUGAUUAUGACGAAACUGACUACUUGCUUGGUAUAUUCUCAAACGCGCACCUCCAGUACGAGCACGAGAAAUCUCUGUCAGCUGACGGCAUGCCCACCAUCGUCAACAUGACGGAGGCAGCCAUCAGGGUGCUGAGGAAAAACCCCAAUGGGUUCUUCUUGAUGGUGGAAGGCGGCAACAUCGACAUGGCGCACCAUCGUGGCCGCGCGCGCACCGCGGUCUCCGAGGCCGGGGCGAUGGACGACGCGGUCGCCGCCGCCCUGCGCCUGGUAGACCAUCACACGCUGGUGGUGGUCACCGCCGACCAUACUCACACGCUCACCAUUAAUGGCUAUCCGGACCGCGGGGCGGAUGUCUUCGGAGUAAUCGGCCCUUCGCCCUACGACCACAAAAACUACACGACUCUCGCGUACGGCACGGGCGGGCCGGGGUCCGUACACUAUGCCGUCGACAACGGCACCGCGGUCCGCACGGACCCCAGCGGGCAGGACACUGCUAGCUACACUUACGAGCAGAUAGCGGCCGUGCCGUUGGAUGAGAACAGCCAUGGCGGCGGUGACGUCGUUAUUUAUGCUAAAGGUCCCUUCGCCCAUCUCUUCCACAGUGUCCACGAGCAGCACUACGUCCAUCACGCCAUUAAGUACGCCGCGCGGAUGGGCGAGCACGCACACUCGCACGCUGGCUACGUGCAACCCAGUGUCGCCAUGCUAUUAGCAAUACUGGCUGUAUCAUACUUGUAAUAUUAUUGGCCGUAUUAUACCAGUGUUGUCUUAUAAGUAAUUUUAAGAUCGUAAAAAUUACCACCACGCUAUAAAUUAUUACGCCGCGCGGAUGGGCGCGCACGCACACUCGCACGCUGGCAACGUGCAACCCAGUAUUGCCGUGUUAGUGGCGAUUUUAGCGCUUUCGUACCUAUAAAGUCAUAGUAUUGUCUCAAAAUAGAAAAAGAUAACGGCAUUUUACGUACGACCCAGUGUUGCCAUGAUGAUGGCACUAUUGUACUGUAAAGUUGCCAGUGUACUCUAGUAUAAUGCCAGUAUUUCACGAACUACUGGCCGUAUUAAACCAGUGUUGCCAAAAAACCAUUUUAAUAUUAAGAUAAUCAUUAAAAUCGAAGCUGCUUACAUACGACCAAGUGUUGAUAAUAUUAUUUUCCUGGCGAUGCUAAAAUCAGAGCCUAUGUUAUGAUUUAUUAUUGAUUCAGAGAAAUAAGUAUUUGCAGUAACAUUGGAAAAAUUUACACAUAGGCAGAGGCCCUACGUUUUUUGGCCGGGUUAAGUCAAGUCAGUGUUGAUAGUAUCGCCAACUUACUUAUGAAUUAAUUUCUCUGAUAGUACUAUCAUGUUUGUAAGAUAAGACUAAA